AUCACAGGAGGGAUGGGGGCUUUGGAUCACAGGGCUAUGGUUGCAGAAUCCCUGGAGCUUCUACUGUUAUAUGAAACACAACAAGGGGCAAGGUAGGGGAACAGGUCUAAGGAAGCAAGGAGAGAUCGACAGAGAAUCCUUUCGAAGCAGCCAGGGGUUGGGUUGCUUUGUAUGGAGUGGAGCUGCGGUGAAAACGAGUGUGUUUCCCAUGUAAACAGCCCCUCAGUCAGUGGAGCAGCUGCCUGCGUUACUGCUGAGGAGCAGGGAGAAGCAGAAGAGGAGGAGGUGUAGAGAGGGGGAAACGUUCCUUCUCCUUAAGAUAUUACGCCUCCUCUAUCUUGUUGCCUCCUCAGGCUCCUUUUCAUUUUCAUUUUUUAAAAUAGUGCUUCUCCUACCACAUCGACGAAAGGUUCUUCCUGUAGAGUGUGUUCUGGUGUACCUCAGUCCAGAGAGAUACAACCUGUGGCUGUUGUGACACACAUGGGUGACUGAGAUACAGAAAAGAGACACAUUGUGACACCCACAGCAGUGGAACACAACAAGACAGCUCUCUACAUUCCUCGGUUGUUUCAUCUCAGCUGAAACCAUGGAUUCGACCAUGGCCAAAACCACCGCUAGCUUUCUCUCCACUGUCUCCAGCAUGACCCCCACCUCCAUGACCUCCCUCCUCGCCAUUACCACGGACGCAAGGAUGGAACGGGACAAUGUCACCGCAUCCAGAACAACACUCAUGACCAGUACCAUUACUAUAACAACAACCAACGAGACAAGCUACAACGCCACCAAGCUGCCAGAGGUGGCGUUAGAAGGCCCGGGGAUGGGCAUGGUGCUGGUGCCCUUUGGCAUCAUCACUGUAAUUGGCCUGGCAUUGGUCAUGAUGUUGUAUAUCAGGAAACGGAAGAGACUGGAGAAGCUGAGGCACCAGCUGAUGCCCAUGUAUAACUUUGACCCGGCAGAGGAACAGGAUGACCUGGAACAGGAACUACUGGACCACAACCGGGACGGCAACCUCACAGGAUCCAAUAACAAGACUCUCACGACCUCCCAGGGGACGACGCAGAGGCCCAGUCGCCUGGUCUUCACAGACGUAGCCAACGUUCUCAAUGCAUAACAGUACUCUUCCAUGCAUGAGAGGGGACUGGGGGGACUGGGGACUAGCUGUCCCAUCAUAGAGAUCUGUCGCUCAGGAAAAAAAAAAAGGAAAACUGGAU